CGGCUGUGCUUCCUCCGCCCCCUCCUAAUGGAGUGAACCAUUCCCAGCUCUUCCCCCUCUCUCCUUCAGUCUCUCUCCGUGUGUGUGUGAGUGUGUGUGUGUGUGUGUCUCUCUCUCUUUCUCCCUCUGCUGCUCUCUCUCUCUCUCUUCAUUCUCUCCCUCUCUCUCCUCCCUCUGCUUUCCCGGUGCAUAAAGUCUCCGUCGCUCCUGGAACUUGUUGGCAAUGCCUAUUUUUCAGCUUUCCCCCGCGUUCUCUAAACUAACUAUUUAAAGGUCUGCGGUCGCAAAUGGUUUGACUAAACGUAGGAUGGGACUUAAGUUGAACGGCAGAUAUAUUUCACUGAUCCUCGCGGUGCAAAUAGCGUACCUGGUGCAGGCCGUGAGAGCAGCGGGCAAGUGCGAUGAGGUCUUUAAGGGCUUUUCAAACUGUUUGCUCAAGCUGGGCGAAAGCGUGGUCAACUACCCGCAGGGCCUGGAUGACAAGACGAACAUCAAGACCAUGUGCACGCCUUGGCUGGGCCUCCACUGCCCAAGGGGAUGCUGUAGCCUGGAGUGGGCAGAGGAGGGUUGUUCUGCUGUGGCCCAGUCCAACAGGGGCUUGCUCACCCUCCCAGCAGAAACCAGGGCGAGGGGCAGGGAGAACUGCUACCAAUUUCUCCUUUUGGAGCAGUCUUCUUCAGUCUUCCUCAGUCUUUGCUUCUGAAUGAGAGGCCCUCCCAGUACCCUACAAAGAAUAAUAAUUUUGGUUUUGGGAAGGCAUAGGUAAUGAUAAAUUUGCCUAAAAGGAAAGUCUCGUCUAUUUUGUCCAUUUCCCCUGAUCAAAACUCCCCUCAAGUACACAUCAAGAAAUCUGGAGUGCAGACUAGGGAGCACUGGGCCCCCUUCCUCCUUCUGGGAGAAAGGGUGAGAGAAUAUUUUGUUCCUUGCCAAUGACUCUGCCCAAGAAGAACGUGUUCCGGGCAUCCAGUGACUGCUGAGUUUAUAGUAAUUUGCUAGGUUUAGGCCCUCUGUGUUUUCUGUUUCCCUCCCUUGUUUGGUCUACAUGUGUUAACAGGCCAGGGCCCUUAAGGGUCUAAGGAGGGCCAUGAAAGAGUUCAUGGCCAGGCUCAGUGAUGUUUUAGCUGCUGCAAGCCCUAGAAAUAUACCUGGCCUCUGCAAUAAUACACACUAUAUUUUGUUUUUCAAAAACAGAUGUGAUACCUCUCUCCUUCAUAAUGACCCUUUCAAUAAAGUCAAGGCUAGGGUAUUCCUUGUACCCCAGAGGUUGGAGUGACCAUUUGCUGUACCACCUUUUUUAUACUGUGAAGUUCUCUCUAAUUCUUGGGGACAAGGGAUAUAUUUAUUUAAAUUACGAGUAAUUAAACAGGGAUCAAUUUUGCUACACAUUUUUGCAAAUAUCCAGAUACCCACUAGGAGCCACAGCAGCUAAGUAGCUGGUACCUUCCUAUCAGGAAAGGGACAAAUGUUUGGGUCUGGGAUGCAUACCUACCUAUUGUAAUUCCAAGUUUCUGGUGCUAGGUAAGAUUACAUCUAUACAUCAUAAAAGGUUAAAUAUAGACCAGCUCCCAAAUGCUCCAUCAUUUGCCAGGACUUGGUUAUUCCAAGUUAUUUGAUUGUUUUGUGUGUGCAAGAUUUCCAGAAAAAUGGAAAUGAGGAAGGCCCCUCCCAGAGAUCACAGAUC